AUGUUCCCAAAGGACUUCCUCUUCUUCCUCCUCCUCUUUCUACACCUUCCCACUCCACUAAAUUUCUUUUUCUAUUCUUCUUCUUCUUCUUCUUCUUCUUCUUCUCUUCCUUUCCCCAUGAUCAUUCCUUUCUUCCUCCUCCUCUUUUCAAAACUAUAUAAUUUUCUUCUUCUUCUUUACCACUUCCUCUUCUUUCCUCCUCUUUCAUCUUCCCAACUAAUUUUAUUUCUUCUUCUUCUUCUUCUUCUUUUCUUCCACUAUAUUUCCUUUCUCCCGUUCUUCCUCCUCCUCUUUAUAGCCACUUCCUCUUCUUCCUCCUCCUCUUUCAAUCUUCCCUCCAAAUUUUAUUUUUCUUCUUCUUCUUCUCAUUCUUCUUCUUCUUCUCUAAGUCCAAAGGUCUUCCUCCUCCUCUUUCUACACUCCCUCCACUUUUAUUUCUUUAGUUCUUCUUCUUCUUUCUUCUUUUCUAUACCUUUCUCCCCACUAAGCCACUUCCUCUUCUUCCUCCUCCCUUUCUACAUCAUCCCACUUAUUAUUUUAUUUUCUUCUUCUUUUCUUCUUUCUUCUUCUAUUCUAUUGUUUCUCCCACUAAGCCACUUCCUCUUCUUCCUCCUCCUCUUUCUACACUCUUCCCUCCAUAAUUUUCUUCUUCUUCUUCUUCUUCUUCUUCUUCUAUUUCCUUUCUCCCAAAGCCCUUCCUUUCUUCCUCCUCCUUUUCACAGGACUUCCCAAAAUUUUAUUUCUUCUUCUUCUUCUUCUAUAUUUCCUUUCUCCCACUAA